AUUGGACAAUAUGCGUUGUCGGGCCUACCGCGCCAGAACCCCUAUCUAAUAUAUUCUCAAGGCUUCCUCUCUUUCUCUUCUCAAUGGCAACCCUGCCAUCUUCAAGGAAAUAACAGAGCAAAUCUUCUUCUUCUCCAAAGGCAACCUUCACCUGCGUGCUCUCUCCCUCUCUCACCAGCCAUGGACGUUGCAGACGCAGAUCUCAACCUUGUCAACUACACGACCGACCACGUAAUCCUACUCGCUAGCGUGGACCAACCAAAAUCCAUCCUCAAAGCCUCUCCCGCCACCACCGCCGCUGCCGCCGCCGCCGAUCCAACCGUCCAACCCCCGUCCCGAACCAAAACCCUCCGCCGCCUCGCCUUCUCCAAACCCAAGUCCCGCUUCUCCGAACCCGCUGCCUUCCCGUUCUCUCCCAAACCAGCCAACACCAUCUUCGAAGGCCCUGACGAGCUCCAGCCCUCAAACCCCCUGCCCGAACCCACCACCACCUCCUCCUCGUGCUCUUCCGACGACGACGACGAGGACAAAUGGCUCGACGACGACGACGAAGACGAACACCAGAGAAAGCACCAUAGGUGGCACCGCAAUAACAAGAUCAACAAGCGGGCCGCCAUCGAGUGGACGCUCUUCCUCAUCAUCACCACCUGCCUCGUCUGCUCCCUCACGAUCGAGCCCCUCUCUUGCCGAGACGUCCUCGGCCUCAAGCUGUGGAAGUGGUGCGUGAUGGUGCUGGUCCUGUUCUGCGGCCGCCUCGUCUCCGGGUGGGCCGUGGGGCUUCUCGUCUUUCUCAUUGAGCGCAACUUCAUGCUCCGCGAGAAGGUCCUCUACUUCGUGUACGGCCUCCGGCGGAGCUUCCAGAACUGCGCGUGGCUCGGGCUCGUGCUCGUCGCGUGGGUGAUAAUGUUCCCGAACGUGCAGGGUGGCAACUACCAGGUGGUGAAGCGGACGUUCCGGACGCUGGUGGCGGUGCUCGUCGCGGCCACUUUCUGGCUGGUGAAGAUCGUGCUGGUGAAGGUGCUGGCGUCCUCGUUCCACGUCACGACCUUCUUCGACCGGAUGAAGGAGAGCGUGUUCCACCACUACGUCCUCGACGCGCUCUCCGGCCCGCCGCUGGAGGAGGCGGAGAGGGAGGCUCCACGGCACGGCUUGCAGGUUUCGAAGUCUCUGCCGGCGAGGUUGAGGAACAACACGCCGGCUCAACGACAACUACUGAUGGCGACGAAGUCCAAGAGGUUCGGUUCAAGGAAGAUCGACAUGGAGAAGUUGAAGAAGCUCAGCAUGAAGAGCCGGCCCUCGGCUUGGACCGUGAAGCGGCUCAUCAACUACGUCCGCUUCUCCGGCCUGUCCACCAUUUCUCGCACCGUCGACGACUUCACCAAGGCCGAGUCCUCCGAGAUCAACAGCGAGCGGGAGGCCAGGAUCUGCGCCCACAGGAUCUUCAAGAAUGUUGCCAACCCUGGUGCCAAGUACAUAGAAGAAGAGGAUCUACUGAGGUUCCUGAAGAGAGAGGAAGUACACACCAUAUUUCCGCUCUUUGAAGGCGCAAUGGAGACCGGAAGAAUUACAAAGUCUUCCUUCAGAAAUUGGGUGGUGCAUGCCUAUUUUGAGCGCAAGGCGCUCGCGCAUUCCCUCAACGACACGAAGACUGCAGUGCAGCAGCUGCACAAGUUGGCGAGUGCCAUCGUCGUGGUGAUCAUAAUCGUCGUCUCUCUCCUGGUCAUGGGGCUGGCCACCACCAAGGUGAUCUUUGUGGUCACCUCGCAACUGCUGCUGGUGGGGUUCAUGUUCCAAAACACCUGCAAGACUAUAUUCGAGUCCAUCAUCUUCGUCUUCGUGAUGCACCCUUUUGACGUCGGUGACCGCUGCGUAGUCGACGGCAUUCAGAUGAUUGUAGAGGAAAUGAACAUUCUGACGACCGUGUUCCUGCGUUACGACAUGGAGAAAAUUUAUUACCCGAAUUCGGUCCUCCUCACGAAGCCGAUUAGCAAUUUCAGGAGAAGCCCGGACAUGGGUGAUGCUAUUGAUUUCACCAUCGACGUUUCCACUUCGAUCGACACCAUCAAUGCUCUCAAGAAGGCCAUACAAUCGUACAUAGAGAGCAAGCCGAAGCAUUGGAGCCCUAAGCACGUGGUGCUAGUGAAGGAGAUCGAGGACGUGAACAAGAUGAAGAUGAGCCUGUGCGUCCAGCACACGAUGAACCACCAGAACUAUGGCGAGAGGAGCAGCCGGAAGUCGGAGCUCCUCCUGGAAUUGAAGAGAAUUUUCGAAAACUUGGACAUCAAGUAUCAUCUCCUGCCUCAGGAGGUCCAUCUCUCCCAGAUCAACCUGCCUGCUGGCGCUGCGAGAUUUGCCAAUGUCAUUUGAUUUUGAUUUUGAUACGAUGUAUUGACUCUCUCUCUAUAACGAGCAUCGUGCCUAUGCGAAUGUCAUAUAUUGGGGUAACGAUGAGGAUUGAAGUCAUAUUGAGGUGUGAGUAAUGUUAUUAGCGAAAUGUCAAGAAACAAUGUGUUGAUCCAUCUUGUACAAUGGAACUGAUAAAGUCUUUAGUAUUCAAUCGUACUUUCUGGUGUA